CAUCAAUCCAGUGAUCUCUUCUACCGACACUUCGUCCGGAUGCUCUCUUGACCCUCACAAAGACAUUAUCUCCAGCGAUUGUACCUCCUGCUGACGAGGCGCGCCGCCGGUCAUGUCUUUCCUUUUCGGCAAAUCGAAGAAGAACCAGAAUAGCGCCCUGCCUGCGGCGACGAGAGACUUGGGCUCCUCUCAUGGUCAAAAUUCCUCUAUACCCGUCGCCAAUGGGGGCUUAGUCGGUCCUCGUAAUGUUGACAAUGGAAGAAAUACCCCCACCCAAGGCGCAAGUGUGAACAACUCCCAGAACUCGCUGUCAGGAAGCAUGCAAAGUCAACUUCAGGGCCAAGAACCAAAGUCCCUGGCGGUGCGACCAGAUGGUGAAUCACAGCAACUCGUACGUGGCGCGCAAGGUCCUCAAAGACCUCCUGGCGAUUCGCCAUACCCAUGGUCUCAGCGAAGGAUCAAUUUCUCUGCCAAUGCCAAUCCCUUUCCCCGGUAUGGGCCUGCCGUCAACUCGUCUGCUUCUAAAGACGGUAUCGUAUAUCUUAUGGGAGGUCUUGUGAACGGCACCACAGUCAAGGGUGACCUCUGGAUGUGCGAGGCGGGAAACGCAAAUAUGCCAUGUUAUCCUGUCCCUGCGACGGGCGAUGGUCCCGGGCCCAGAGUAGGACAUUCAAGUCUACUAGUUGGUAACGCUUUCAUUGUCUUCGGAGGAGACACGAAGAUGGACGAAGGUGACCAACUCGACGACAAUUUGUACCUCCUCAACACAUCAACGAAACAUUGGUCCAAAGCGGUGCCCUCUGGUAAUCGCCCCACUGGACGAUACGGACAUACAUUAAAUCUGCUCGGGUCCAGGAUCUUCAUCUUUGGUGGUCAGGUCGAAGGGUUUUUCUUCAACGACUUGGUAGCCUUCGAUCUCAACGCUCUUCAGUCGACAAACAGUACGUGGGAGACUCUGAUCCCCAACAGUGGCGACGAGCCAUUACCACAAGGACUCUCACCGCCUGCCCGGACAAAUCAUACCAUCAUAACAUAUAAUGAUAAACUCUAUCUAUUCGGCGGGACCGAUGGCAACACAUGGUUCAACGACGUUUGGACUUACGACCCACGAGUAAAUGCUUGGACAGAACUCGAUUGUAUUGGCUACAUUCCUACACCUCGAGAAGGCCAUGCCGCGGCCUUGGUAAAUGAUACAAUGUACGUUUUUGGUGGUCGUACGAAAGACGGGAACGAUUUGGGAGAUUUGGCCGCUUUCCGCAUCCCGUCGCGCAGGUGGUAUAUGUUUCAAAACAUGGGGCCUGCGCCGUCACCACGAUCAGGGCAUAGUAUGACUGCUUUCGGAAGGCAUAUCGUUGUUCUCGCUGGCGAACCCAGCUCAUCACCAAGCAAUCGAGAGGAACUAAGCUGUUCCUACGUCCUGGACACUUCUAAAAUCCGUUACCCGGCAAGUGAUACUGUCGCUCCUCAAACAGGACCUCCAGUAGCUGCACCACCUACUCUAAAUGACUCCAGAAUUCAGGCACCUAAUGGUCGUAAGAUAAGCAACGAGAAAAGUGUGGUUCUGCAAGGGCAAGGCAGCGUAGCAGCGGCCCGACAAAGUGUUAUUGGUGGGCCAAGGAAUACGGAGCCUCAGUCGAGUGGCAUUCCGGCUCCUGCAGGCUCAAGAUUGCCACGCGCAGCAGGUAACCAAGCCCCCCCUGGACCGCCUCCGCAACAGCAACCGCCGCAGCCUAGAGCAAAUGGGACUGCCGUGAGCUACAACGCUCGCAGUAGGACUCCAACAAAAGACAGUAGAGGCUAUGGACCUGGCGUGGAAAACUUGAAAGAGAUUGAUCGUCUAGAUAAUGCAUCGCCUACGCUUAAAAGUAGCCCGGUUACAGGCUUCGUAGAGUCGUCCGGCUCCAGAAGAGACCAAAGUCCAAGCGGUCAGUCCAAGAUGCACAGCCAGUCUGCCAAAGCUUCUAUGGAUACAACGCGCUCAGGCAGUCUUUCCUCGCGGAGCGGAUCACGAGCACAACGACAACAGUAUUCCAUUGAUAGCGUAGAGCAGGGUACACCACGACCAUCUGCAGAUCAGGUCAGAGGACUCAGUCGGGAGGCAGAAAGACCGAUAGAUAGCGGCGUUGGAUCGUCUCCAGCGCUCUUCCAACAGCAAAAUGAUGACUUGAUCAAGGAACUUGAUGCUGCUCGCAGCAAGAAUGCCUGGUUUGCUUCCGAGCUUGCUCUAGCUCGGAAAGCCGGAUACAAUGCGAAUACGUCCAACAGCCCAGUCUUUGAAGAGAGAUCUCCCGACACGUUCGGCGAUGAAGAUCGACCGCUUGUCGAGGCCCUAUUACGCAUGAAGGCAGAGCUUAAAAGAGUGCAAGAAACUAUUGACGACCAAGCUAGAUCGGCUGCAGGUAAGAUUGCAGAGGUCGAAAAGCAGCGCGACGCGGCAGUCAAUGAAGCAGUCUACGCAAAGGCAAAGUUGGCCGCACACGGCGGUGGAAGUCAAGCAGGUACACCCCAACCUGACGGUGGUAGAGGAGUGAAUACGCCUGACAUAGAUCGUGUCCACGACAUAAGCCGAAAAUUAGCAAACUCGCUCGCUUUUCAGACAGAGCUGUCAAACAAGAUUGAAGCCUUGACUACAGAAGUCGAGGCCGAACGCAGAGCUAAACAGCUAGCCGAAGAGACUGCCGAAGCAGCGCAAACACGUGUUUCUGAGCUUGACACGUACAGACAGCGCAAUGCUUCAGAAGUUGAGUCUCUUCGUGCGGAGCUGCAUGAAGUUCAGCGCGCGGCAAGGGAAGAGGCUGCUAAUGCAGCUGAAGCCAAAGCCACCGCUAGACUCCUGACGGUUGACAAGCAAGAGAUUGAGACGAAGCUUACGAGGGCUGUGGGUGAUACACACAACCAUUCAUCGCUGUUACAGUCACUUCGAGAUGCGGUAGCAGCCUCAUCUGACAGAGCCUCCAUGUUUGAACGCAAAUUCGAGGAGGAACGACAGCAGCGAGUGGUCAUCGAGCAAAAGUUCGCGCAGAUUAGAUCAGAGCAAGAGAGCCAAAUGAGAGAACUGGAUUCUACCACUGCUCGUCUGCGCGAUGCUGAAGAACUGGCCCAAAAGCAUGCUGCGGAGGCCGAGACGCACCGAUCAGCAGUCCUAAUAGGUUUAGGAAAAUCUAUCGAUAUGGAAAACAACGACCAAGAUGUCAUCGAUGAACGAGUUACUAUAUUACAGCAACAGGUGGAAGCUGCGAACAUACUCGUACGGAACAACCAAAACGCGGCUGACGUUGCUUCUGAUAAGUUGAGACGGGCGGAAGAGCGCAUUGCUGGCCUCGAGGCCUAUCAGGAACAGACAAGCCGUGAAAGCCUGACCAUUCGGAAGCAGCUUCAAGUCACUAUGAAAGAGUGCCAAAAUGUCCAGAGAGAUCGGGAUGAGAUGCUUCUAGGGUACGAAAAACAGCGACUGGAGAGCAACGCUCUCGAGAUUCAGCUUAAAACGUUGAAGGGCCUUUUGGAGGAAAGGGGAAUAAAUCCAAGUGAUGCGAGAAGAUCUCGCGGCUUGGACAGCCCAAAUUCCCGCUUUGGCACGCCAGAACUAGGACGCAUGCGCGAACUCGAACAGCAACUCGAUGCAUCACUCAAGGCUCAUGACGAGAUGCGUUCAACUUUUGAGCAACAGCAGAGCGCAGUGAACAAGGAAUGGGAAGAUAGAGUGUCUGCGCUGUCGAAUGACCACCAAGCUGCAGUCAAAUAUUUACGUGGUACUGAGAAGAUGCUAGCGAAGAUGAAGCAGGAACUCGACCGUUACAAAGCAGCCAACACCAAGCUAGAGGAGCAACUCGUCGAGGUCCGCCAAAAGAGUGGCACUGCUUCUGCCACAGAAUCCGCUGCAUGGGAAGGCGAACGCGAUGCCUUGCGGAGAGAAGUGUCCGCUCUACAAGACUCACUCAAACAGAAUGUCGGCGACCUAGAGACACGUUUGUCAACAGUGCAAAACGAGUUGCAAGAAGCUAGGAAGGCUCGUGAUGCCGCCACGGCACAAAUGUCGUCUCUCGAGGCCUUUACUGCUCAAUCAAAAAUCGAUCUUGAGAACUUGCGCCGCGAUAAUGCUCUCUUGGACGAACGGGCGAAGGACGCCGAGUCGCGCGUUCAGCGUUUCCUCGAUCAAUUCGAGAAUUCGGUUGACAACUACCGUCGACAAUCAACGCUCCCACCUGGAGCUGCCAAUGGCAUGCGCCAACAUAAUCCCCACGACAGCAUCGCAGGCGAGAGUCUAUACAGUAACGAUGAUGCACACAGUGAAGGCACGGCAACAGCGGAGCACGCCGCGGACCGGAACUCUUUAGCUCUAGACAGUCUCGCCACAGAAUUGGACGCAUUACGGUCGCAAUGGGAGACAACAAACAAGAAUUACCGCCUGAGCGAUCGCUUCGACUUUGAACGAACCCCAACAACUGAGAAAGACUUCAGCGAAAGUCUCGGUGGGUGGAACAAAGGUUUAGCUCACGGUGAUGGCGAGUCGAAGGCGUCCAUGUCGCAGGCGACAGGCCUGGGUCUCAAAUCUACAAACAUGAUAUAGUAUUAUCGAGGAUGAGAGACCUUCACAAAAAGGGAAAAGUAGUUUGUGUUCAAGCUUUUAGCGUCCUACUCUCGUUUCCUCCCUCUUCUUUUCUUCGUCUGACAAAAUUCGAGAGUGGCUGAAAUAGCUAGCUUGUUUUUUGGCCCAU